CGUGGACGAAGCAGCCGAGUGCAAUUGAACACUGUGUUGUCAAGCACGAACAUGGCACUUAUCAGGACGACCGCCCUCGUGGCACUGCUCGCGGUGGGCUUGGCACUGGCACAGGAGCAGACCACAGCUGGAAAUACAACUAGCGAUAGUAAUGAUGCUGCGGUUCGUUGCGCAAACUCCACCGACAACGCAGAAUGCCUCAGACGGGCUGAAGUGUGUCGCGCAAUGUUCCAACGCACACACACCUACGAUCGCAUGGUACAAUCCAUACGAGAGUGUGCUGAACAACUGAACAUCACUCUGCCUACACCAGCACCUGUCCCGGCCAACAGUGAUUCGGACCCUGACAGGAGGUACUAUAACCAGCUUAAACUCUGGUUCCGUCCGAGACCUCAGGUGAAGCAACAGAUUUUCAACUGUGCGCAUCAGAGUAUGUUCAACGCAGACGGCACUCCUAGACGCGAGUACUUGAAGACCCGUGUUGUUGUGUGGAUUGGUGAGGAAGAGACUGAGCUGGCCGGCUUGCUGAGGAGUAACAUCGAUAGCUGCCCAGCGCCGUCGCGUCGUCAGUACCUAUCCUGUGUCUUCGAAGCCUGCUACACUCCUUAGGGAAAGUUCUCAAGAUCCUUAGAAAGUCCCGGAAAAUGCAGCAUUUUGACCUGAAUAACAUUUAGACUGACGCUCAUAUUCGGAGACACUUCGGAUACCUUAAUCGGAAAGCGGGACCGACAUAUCGCGCCCGUCAGCCAAUCACCGUCGACCUGUUUCAUGCCGUAGCUAAUCACCGUAGACCUCUCUCAUGUCGUAGCCAAUCACCGUCGACCUGCCUCGCGUCGCUGCCAAUCAGAAUCAUGGUGGCGGCGGACCUCCAUCGGACUUCGAAGUGUGAAUGUGAGCGCUACAAUUAACGGCUUCAUUUUCCUUUUCAAGACACUAACUCAACGGAACUUGAGAAUGUCGGAACUUUGUGUAGUGCAGCGGUAGCGAUCUCGUAUAGGAAUCUUGCUGACCUGCGUUCGAAUUCCUCGCAGCCAGUGGAUGGUAACCCCAGCCAUUCUUUGCACACAGGGGAUAACUUAGAAGCAAAAUGAAACAGAGAAUAUAUAUUGUAGCAAAUGGAAUCAAACAAAACCCAAAGCCUUAUUAUAGUAUAUUACCAGUGACCUUUUUUCAUUCGAUGUUGGACUGAUUCUCAUAAGGUUAUCACAUGUUCCGUCCUUCUUUAUUCCUUUCGUCAGUUCCUAUAUAUCAUAUCAAGAAAAGCAAACUAAUAGUCUCUGCAUCACAUAAGAAAAAAAUAUAAUUAGCUUUCGUUAUGCUUCACGAUUAUCAGCAUUUAUAUUUUUUCCAUAUGUUUCAAUUCUUCCUUAUGUCAAUAUACACAUUAAUCAACAUUC